AAAAAUAUUUUUUUCGUUGCAGAGAAUAUAGCAUGGUAAGGAAGAAUAUAUCGUCUUUACGUGGAAAUAAAACAAUUCAACAGGAAAGAAAAGAUAGCCGGUUUGAUUUAAGCUGGUAAAAAUAAAAGAUGGGACUGGAACAGAGAUGCAUAGAAUGUCUGUAUUUUUCCUGUCUCCUAAAUAUUGGCUUGAUAGAACUAAAAGACCAAUCAAGCUCUUUACAUUAUAUGGGGGAAUUUCCAUACCGGAAUGCCCUGUCAUUCGUCAAAGGGAAUCAAAGUUGUGGUGUUCCUUCUCAAAAAUUUUUGUCCGUACUCAAAAGAGAAGUUCACGAUCAAGACGAAUCAGUAUCAGAUUACACGUGCCUAUUGUUCCUCAAUGACGAUCUGUCAGAAGAUAAUUCUGUAUUGAGAAUCAGAGAUGUACAUGUAGAAGUCAACGAAUACGAAGUUCAAUACAAGUUCAGAUUAAAUCCGUUUCACUGCAAUCUUGAAAAAGAUUUUCAAAAUGUAAAUCUUUUUCUGACGUUUUUUCAACGAAAAGAUAAUGUUGCAAAAACAUGCCAGAAUGGGAGAGGGUGUGACGGUGAUCUUGAACUUUGUCAGCAUUACAGCGAUUUUCAAGAGUCAAUCUGGUUUCCUAAUCGGAAAUAUAAUGAAUCCUGUGGCAUGCAUUCACAAUGCUAUAAGAAUACCAUUUGUACGCAAACUGAAAGAAGAAAGUUUUUGUGUCUUUGCAAGAAAGGAUUCGAGUUUGUAAAUGGAGAUUGUAUAAAAGUUGAUAUAGCGCUUAGCAUGGAAUGUGUUGACAGUCGACAAUGCAAGGAAGGAGGGAUUAUUACAGAAUGUGUCUAUGAUGUUUUUACGACAAGACGUGUUUGUUCCUGCAAUGCAGCAUUCAUUUAAAUCAAUGGAAAAUGCCUGCAAA